AUGGGCAAACGUGACUUCAUCAGCGGAGAUGGCGCUGCUGCUUUUCGCAAGCGCCAGAAGAUCACACAUGAGGCGCCCACAAGUGAGGAGGUGACUUCGAGCGAUCAAUUGCGCAAUCUCCUCUCUUUCGACCAAGAUUUGCGCAACGCCAGACAUGGUCUUCAAUCUUUCAAGAACCUCCUCGAUCAGAUCGUUCACGAAGAAGGCGACCAGCGAGCAAACCUCGAAAUCUUACAACAGUAUCUCGAAUCCGUCAAGCCCAGAGACACAACCGAAGAUGCAGUCUUCCUCAACGAUAUCAUGGAGAUGUGGUCCUUUGCUGUGCAGGUCAACAAUGACAGCGUCAUGUCAUCAGUUGCCGUUGUUCUAGCUUUGUUGCUCCAGAUCCUCUCCGGCUCGCUGCAGCUCGUUCGCCACGGUCUCGGUAUUUGCCAGACCCUUCUACAAGAGGGACAACUCAAGUCACUGGCGAAGAAUCUUUCUUCUGAAAAAAGCAAGGGCUUCAUCAUCUCGCCUACUCUGCGCCUUCUAAGAGAGGCGGCAUGCUUGGAUGGAGGUGCUUAUGCCAAGCGCAUUUUCCGUGCUCGAAACUUCACAUUGACUGCUCUUGGAAGAAACCUCGAGAUUGGACAUAUCGGCGACACCCCGGAGGAAGUACACAAGGCUUCUGUCAGGACGAAUGCUGUCCGCUUCUUCUUGAGCCUUCUCAAGUUUUUGGGUUCUGAUGGCAGAAAGGAGCUGCUUUCCCAGAAGGAGCUCCUCUCACAUUUGACUUACACCAUCAGAAACGAUCCUCCUUACGUCGUUACGGAUAUUCUGGAUUCUUUGAAAGCGUAUGUUCUGAAAGAUGACAAAAUCCCCCGAGAGAUCAAAUUCCGAAGCUUCAACACCAAGUCGUUGGUGCGUUUCUUGGCUCUAUACACAUAUUCCAACGAUGGCGAGGAUGUAGAUGAGAAGUCAACGGUGAGCUACAAGGCCCACCAACUUCUCAUCUAUAUCUGUACAACUCCUAGCGCCGGUGUAUUAUACCCUUCCACCGGUUUCUAUCCCAAGGAAUCCGAGGACGACCCUGUACCAAGCGGGGCGCAAAAGGCCAGUACGCAAGGUGCUCUGUUCACAGACAAGUACAAGAAUGAUAUUCCUGUGUACAACUUUGUUCUCGCUGAAUUUGCCCAGAAGCUGCGCCCUUGGUCUAGUCUGAAGCACAGCGAACUGUUAAUUGAGAUCUUCACUGCUGCCCCCGAACUUACUGCCAAAUACUUCCUCGGCAACAAAUCUUUCACUUUCGAACCAAAGCUAUCCAUGACUUGGAUUGGAUACGCCGCUUUCCUCUUUAACACCAUGCAGAUUCCUCUGCUCCCUCGUUUUGGAGAUCGCUCACGAUCUGCUAAAGCUCCCCCGCCAACAUCUAUUCUGCUUGACAACAUCAUUCCCCUCCCUAUCAAUCAAAAGGUUCUCAUCCGAUGCCUUUCCUCCAAAUCGAACCUCACAUCCUUCUUUGCUACUCGUAUCCUUAUUGUGGCAGUCGAAAAGCUGGCCGAAGCUCUGAAGAUGCAUGAGGAGAUCUCGAAGGGCAAAGAUCCUGUCUGGGCUGAGGCUGGCCGUCGCUUGACUGAUGCCUUUUGCCAACGUAUCCCUGACAUGAAGGAAAUUGUUCGAUCAUACAAGGGUAUUCCAGCUGAGAAUAUUCUUCACAAGACCAUGGCCAGUCGUUUGUUGCGCCUCUACUAUGAAGUCAUCCCACAAGUGGCACUUGCUGCAAACUUCGAUGUCUCACCCUUCUUUACCGAAGUCCUCAAGUCUCUUAACAAGGGCAGCGAGCAGCACGAGGAUGAGUCUCUAAGAGUUAUGGAGCUUGAGAACCUUGUUUCAAUUGCCAGUUACUCCCCCGGUAUGCGAUGGUUCUCAAAGAUUGACAAUCUUAUCGAUGGAGCAGGAUCGUCACCGUAUACUGCCCUGCUACGGCUGCUCUGUGACAAGAAGCGAGACCUCCCGUUCCAGCAGCUCAGAAAGGUUCUUGGCGAGGUCGCCGUCGAAAACCAGCUAGUCACGAAAGCAUCUCUCAUGUCUCCUUUAUUUGAUGCUAUCCAAACUACGUUAGCCGAUGUCAAGACGAAGCAUAUGGAAAAGGUCUGGUCCUAUGUUGAUAACUGCAUUAACCGAUGUGCUUCAUCGCCUAUUAAAUACCUCGACCUCUUGGAGACAUAUGUCCAGGAAGACGGCUUACAGUCGCCUAGUGACGAUACUGCUUUAGUCAAUGUGACAAUGGCGGAACAGCUGUCUUUUGCUAUGGGCUCUGCUGACAGCGAUGAACAAGCUGCGCUUGGCAAAUUCCUAUACUCAUCAGUUCUCUUCGAGCAAGGUUAA